AUGAAGUGGGACGGUGGAAUAUUCUCCGUGCUGCUGGCAUUUGCGCACGCACAUGCGACCGCUCCGUGCGAACGUGUCCACCCAGCAGGCAACCUCAAGGCAGGCACGAAUUUAACCGAGUCCUAUGACUGGAGUGUCCUUGAAAACGACUCCUGCGAUAUUGUGCCCAAGGAACACGUAACAGACAAGGUCAUACACAGCAAGGUGGACGACGAUGAAUACGAAUCCGAGAUUAUCAACGUGGAAGAUGCGGACAGAGCAAGACGCCCUUACCUUUAUAAACGUGACAGUGUGGCUGGCCAGUACGUCAUGAAGCGCGACUUCGCCACGAAGUCCGUGGUAAUCAUCACCAUAGUGCUGAUCAUCAUCGGGUUGAUGACAACCUUCAUGGUCUGCAGUCGUUACAGAUACAACUCCGAAGCUGCCACAUGA